AUUCGCCUUGUGAACUCAUAUACAUAUGGUGCAUAAAAUCCUCUGGCUAUUGUGACAUUCAAGCAAAAAAUGUGAUGAAUAACUGGGCAAUAGAACUUAAUAAAUUGCAAAUACGACUAUUAUUUUCGAUAUAAAUAAGAUACACUGAAGCAUAACUGAUAUUUAUAUAAACAUCGUUCUUACAAUAUUAACACUUGAAAAACAAAAUUUGCAAUAAUAUGUUAAUGUUGCACAUAAUUGGGUGCCACUGACUUCCGUAUAAAUACAUUCUCGGUGUGUGUCGUUAGUGCAGUUCAAGAAGUGUAGAAAUAAUGAAGAGUACAAGCAUAGUGCAGGCUGCGACUUGUUUUACCUUGUUUAUCUGCUGCUCUGCUUAUCCUUACGAGGAUAUAAUUCUUUCUGGUCACAAAGCGAGACUCUACGAUGUUGAAGGAUAUACGCCUCAUGUCCCGGUAACCAGCGACUUCUUAAGACAAUCAUCGAAGACAAUAUACACAAAGUACCCACCCGCUAACUAUACUAGUGACAAUAAUCUAAGGUAUCAGCACAGCACACGCGCUCCUCUUGCACAGCUACCGCCACACUUAGUUAAACAACGAGGAAUCCAACCCUACUCCAACCAGCGCGCUCUUCCUGCACAGCUACCGCCACACUUAGUUCAUCAACGAGAAAUCGAACCCUACUCCAACAAGCGCGGUCCUGUUGCACAGCUACCGCUACACCAUCAAAGAGAAAUCGAACCCUACUCCAACCAGCGCGCUCUUCCUGCACAGCUACCGCCACACUUAGUUCAUCAAAGAGAAAUCGAACCCUACUCCAACCAGCGCGCUCUUCCUGCACAGCUACCGCCACACUUAGUUCAUCGCCAACCUCAACAGCACAGAUACCCACAUCUAAUGAACCGCGGUGUAGUAAAAGAUGAAUACUCACAUGGGCCACAAGAGGGAAUGCCCAUGAAGGAACCGUGA